UUCGUCAUCUGCAACAAACCCACCGAUGGCCUCAAAAUCUGAAAAGGAAACCGUCGUUGAGAAGGAGGUUUUCGCUCAACAGCAGUUUGUACCAAAUGUCUUCCUGAAGCUCUUCCUCUUUACCUUGGCCAUGAUCACCCUGCCACUGCUAUCAUACUACGUCUCCCUACACUACGUUUUCCCAGGUUACAACCCAACAUAUGCCGGAGGAACAGCUGCGUUGGUCGCGAAUGUGGUGUUGUUUGCUUACGUGUUCGAGGCGUUUCGAGAAGAUCAGCAGUCGUCAAGACCUAAAACAGAAUAAAAAGACAUUUGAAAUCCCGAAA